ACAGAUCUUAGAGAAAAUGAAUGAUGAAAGAUGUACCGAUAGGUAAUGUUACCGUGCACCCCAGAGAAAAAAGGUAAUGUUACCGCGCAAAGUGACUUUGCGGUCACGAAGAGAAGUAGGAGCCCGUCAACUGAGGAUCGUCUCCACCCAAGUGGCCAAGUGGGAAAGCGCGAGGUGGACUUUUCAUAGAAAACAAACGAGAAGAUUUGGAGUAGCUCGGCGGCUCUCAGAUAACGAGAGCUCUCAGGCCUCCAAAAAAAUCCUAAAAUGGAACGAUGACAGUGAGUGUGAGUGGUAGGUGAGCAGCUGCAAUCCUGAAAGAGAAGAUCGCAUCCGAGUAGGAAGGAGGGUGGCAGCAAACUUUUUACACCAACAGCCACAGCCACAGCCAACGACCAACGUGCGCCGCCGCUAUCUGCACGUGAUCCACACCCACCCACACGAGACUUUCCUGCCUGGGUACCGCGAGACUUUGCUGGGCCACGACCACCAGAAAGACGACAUCACCGAAGAAAAUCUAUUCAACAGAAAUGGCAAGUUCCCUUUGCCCACGAUAGAGGUUUGGUUGGAUCAGAAUGAGCACUCCCGUUCUCAACUUGUCAUGCUCUUCCUUCUUCAUUAGACCUCACCGCACAACAAGAAUCUGGUUUCCACGCUAGCUUUCACCACAACACCGUGCAGCCAACUCUGCUCUCCACACAGCAGUUUCACCAAGAAAUUCCUUCCACAUGCCUUCCCUUGGCUUGGCUCUGAUGCUGCUGGCCACUUUGAUCUCUCCGACCAGCUCCUGCACCGAGCAGGAGAAGGGCUCCCUUCUCCAGCUCCUCGCCGGGCUCUCGCGGGACGGCGGCCUCGCCGCGUCGUGGCGGAGCAACACUGACUGCUGCACAUGGGAAGGGAUCACCUGCAACCAAGUUAGGAAGGUCACCGAUGUUUCGCUGGCUUCUCGAGGCCUCGAGGGGUCCAUCUCGCCGUCCGUCGGCAACCUCACCGGCCUCUUGCGCCUCAACCUGUCGCGUAACUCGCUGUCCGGCACUUUGCCGCUGGAGUUGGUGUCGUCCAGCAGCAUAAUCGUCCUUGACGUCAGCUUCAACCGCCUGACAGGAGCGCUGCAUGAGCUGCCAUCCUCAACCCCUGCGCAGCCUCUGCAGGUACUCAACAUCUCAAGCAACUUAUUCACAGGACAGUUUCCAUCCACCACAUGGAAAGCAAUGGAGAAUUUGAUCGCACUCAAUGCCAGUAACAACAGCUUUACUGGGCAGAUACCAACGACGCCAUGCGCGAGUGCGCCAUCUUUGGCCGUGCUUGAACUCAGUUUUAACAAAUUCAGUGGAAAUAUCCUUCCAGGGCUCGGUAAUUGCUCCAUGCUGAAGAUGCUCAGCGCUGGCUACAACAACCUCCAUGGGACUCUUCCACGCGAGCUCUUCAAUGUCACCUCGUUAGAGCACCUCUCUUUGCCUAACAAUUGGUUAGACGGAGCGGUCAAUGGCGUCGGCAAGCUAACAAAUCUGGUCACCCUUGAUCUUGGGGAGAAUGGUUUCAGUGGCAAUAUUCCAGAGUCUAUAGGUGAUCUGAAGAGAUUGGAGGAGCUGCAUUUGGAACACAACAAUAUGUCAGGGGAGCUGCCAGCAGCUCUAAGCAACUGCACAAAUCUCGUAACAAUUGACCUCAACACCAACCGCUUCAGUGGAGAACUUAACAAGGUCAAGUUCGCGAGCCUGUCCAACCUAAGAAAAUUAGAUCUUCUUUUCAACGACUUCACCGGCACAAUUCCAGAAAGCAUAUACUCCUGCACCAACCUGACUGCACUACGGCUAUCUUACAACCAAUUCCAUGGUCAAUUGUCAGAAAAAAUAGGCAAUCUGAAGUCCCUCUCGUUCCUAUCGCUUGCUAACAACUCUCUUACAAAUAUCACAAGAACACUUCAGAUCCUUAGUAGUUCCAAGAGCCUCACCACCCUUUAUAUUGGAUGCAACUUCCUGGAUGAGACCAUGCCACAGGAUGACAGCAUUGAUGGUUUUGAGAAUCUUCAGGUUCUUUCCAUGAGUGAGUGUUCAUUGUCUGGAACAAUACCUGAUUGGUUAUCAAAGCUCACAAAUUUAGGGAUGCUAUUUUUGCAAAGCAAUCAACUAACUGGACCGAUACCUGACUGGAUCAGCAGCCUAAACUUGCUCUUCUAUCUAGACAUAUCAAACAACAGCUUUACAGGGGAUAUUCCAGCUGCCUUAAUGGAGAUGCCAAUGCUGAGAUCAGACAAGACUCCGCCAAAGGUCUUCUUUGAGCUGCUUGUUUGGAACGAGAACACAUUUAUGCAGUACCUGAUGCUCAGUGCUUUUCCUAAGGUGCUUAAUCUAGCCAUCAAUAAUUUCACUGGUGUGAUCCCAGAGGAGAUCGGACAGUUAAAAGGACUCAUUUCUCUCAACCUGAGCUCCAAUAGAUUAUCUGGAGAGAUGCCAGAACAGAUCUGCAACCUCACGAACCUGCAGGUGCUUGACUUGUCUGGUAAUCAACUCACUGGUACAAUUCCAGCUGCACUGAAGAAUCUGCAUUUCCUUUCCAGAUUCAAUGUUUCUAAUAAUGACCUGGAAGGCCCUAUUCCAAACGUGGGCCAGUUCAGCACAUUUCCGGAUUCUAGCUUUGGUGGAAACCCAAAACUGUGUAGCCCUAUGAUCACAAACCAUUGUGGUUCGGCAGAAGCAGGUCCAGUCUCCACAAAACGCAUUGGUAAUGAGGUUAUCUUUGCGAUCGCCUUUGGUAUUUUCUUUGGAGUAGGAGUCCUAUAUGAUCAGAUAGUCUUAGCAAGAUAUUUUGGCUAAAGCCUUGUAAUUGUUCUCACCGCCCAAACCAUGUGAGCUCAAGUGGUUCUCAGUUCAGCAAGACAAUGUCAGUGGCUCCUGCCCCAGCAAGAUCAACAUCCCUGGUAAAUCCAGUAUCUCGAGUUAGGCAUUCAAUCUGUACAGCAUGUAAAUGAAAAUAGUUAGCGAGUGAGGAAAUAUCAAGAGUGUGUGACCUACUAAUAUUUUUGUAGAGAAUAUAUAACCAGUCUUUCACUAUUUACUUUGUUAAAGGUGAUUGAAUGUUCAUCCAGGAUCAGUGAUGAAUAUAUAUCAUGCAAAAUUGCCAGGGGCACCAUACAACCAUGAGAAAUUUGCAGUUAGCAUACUAACAUGCAGUUGAGAUUUAACCAAUAAAGCAGACUGGCAAGUUAAUUAGAUUAAAUAAUUCAUCAUGGACAAAACAGGACGGAAUCCUAAUAGCGAUACAGUUGCCAUCUAACUCCAAUCAAGUCGAGGAUCGCAGUUCUCCACAGCAAACAACAAGCGCUGAGAGAAUAUUUCAGAAAUGUACACGAAGUUACGAAACAGAGAUGCUCGAAUUGGUACUACAAUGUUGCACGAAUUAAGCAGCUGCUCCGUGAUUUGCACAAGAGCUUAAUUCGAGGCAUUUACAGCCGGGUGACAGGACGUGCCCACUGGCCUGUGUCAGCCCUCCUGCCUGCCUGGUCUCCGAUCAACGAUGCUGGAGCGCCAGCGGCACCGAGCCGCCGCACUGGGUCGCUGCCUGCAAGGAUUUGCCUCUGCUUUGUCUUCAUUUUUUUUUCCUAAGAGGAUUCUUCUUCAUCUUCGUGUGAUAGGAAGUGGGCCGAGCUAUGAAUAUGGGCCAAGACCACUGUUUCCUUUUUUCCUUUUGAACUCUAC